UAUUUAAUAUGCAUAUCUUAUAAAGUCUAUGUUACAUCACCUGUAAUUUAUGUCCUCUUUGAAAGAGCCUUUCAUUCGUCGCAUGUAUGAUGCAUACUAGGUAGUAGGUAUAGCCGGAGGUAAUAUUCUUCCCUUCUCUAUUCAAGUACGACGAUAGUCUCUUAUUAUAUACUCCGGCUUCCUUCGGAAUUUCGGUAUUGCAAUACCCACUUGAGUAUGCGUGUAGGCAACUUGAACCAACAUCUCAACACUAACGAUAAUUAGCUUCAUUCAUUCUUAGGCCCUUGGUGACAUGAAUACUACAACCCAACCUCUCGAUCCUAGUAUCAUCCGUGUACUGAUUUCCUGGGCGUUUAUAUUGUAGAUAAAAGAAGUUAUACAUAACAUCAUGGCGUCGACGUGGGUUCCGGACGUAUCUCCCGACAGCCCAUUUUCGCUAGCCAAUAUCCCCUUCGGCAUCAUCAGCUCGCCGGCCAACCCCGCGCCGCACGCCGCUAUCGCCAUCGGCUCUCAUGUACUUGACCUCAAAGUCUUAUCUUCGUACCCGGACUUUGACGAUCUCUUCCCUAGCUUAAAGAAUUACCCCGACAUCUUCUCAAACUCCACCCUCAAUGAGUUCGCAGCGCUGGGCCGACCGGUCCAUCGAGAAGUCCGCAGGACUAUUCAGGACCUCCUGUCAGCCGAGACAUCACGGUCAGAAGUCUUAAAGGAUAACUUGGGACUUCGACGAGAUGCCGUAAUUCCCCAGCAGCAAGUUAAGAUGCAUCUACCCAUGAGCAUUGGCGACUACACAGAUUUCUACGCUGGUUUUCACCACGCCUAUAAUGCUGGUGCCCUGUUCCGCGGACCUCAAACGGCUCUGCAGCCGAACUAUACCCACCUCCCGGUCGGUUACCACGGCCGCGCUUCUAGCAUCGUCGUUUCGGGCACGCCGAUCAAGCGCCCCGUCGGCCAGAUCAUUACUGACCCUACAGCGGAGCCAAAGCACCCAACCACAGCUCCUUCGCGACGUCUAGACAUCGAGUUGGAACUAGGGUGCUUUAUAGCGACUCCGAACGAUAUGGGCUCUCGCGUCAAAGUCGCGGAUGCGGAAGACCAUAUUUUCGGAUACGUCUUACUAAACGACUGGAGCGCGCGCGACAUCCAGGCGUGGGAGUACGUUCCGCUGGGUCCCUUCAACGGGAAGAACUUCGCCACGACCAUCAGCGCUUGGGUCGUCCUUGCAGAUGCCCUUGAGCCGUUCAGGACCAAGGCGAUCGACAACUGGACGCCGCUGCAGGGGUACCUGGACGAAGGCAAAGAGGAGAAUAUUUUCGGAAUUGAUUUACAAGUUGAUUUAGAGACACCGCAAGGCGACUCGACGACUAUAUGUACAACAAGCUCGAAGUACCUCAUAUGGUCGUUCCCGCAGAUGAUUGCGCAUCACACGCUAGGCGGCUGCCCGCUGAGAACAGGGGAUCUUCUUGGUUCCGGAACCAUCAGCGGGCCUUCGCUACGUGAGAGGGGAAGCUUCUUAGAGCUAAGCGAGGGUGGAUGGAAAGACAUCAUGCUCCAGGGUAUGGACGUACGCCGCUUCUUGAAGGAUGGUGACAGGAUUACAAUUCAGGGGAUUUGCGGAGAACCAGGUCAAAAGGUUGGGUUUGGCGAAUGCACUGGUCAAAUACUAGAAGCAACACCGCUAUAAUAGUUCUGAUAUCAGGCUUGGAGUUUACGAAGAAAUUAAAGGCCCUAGGUAUUCAAGUCCCUAUCCUGGUAUAUGAAUAGAACUUGAACUGCUUAGAAAUGCAUGGGAGAUGCCGUAUUCCCCUUUAUUUUCUACUGACUAUAAGUCAAUUUUCAUUGUCCGUGAUACUGCUCCUAAUCACCUAAAAUAAGAACAUUGUUCUUCCCCUGAAUAUAUUGGAACUACUAUCGCGCAUUAAAUACCAGUCUUUCCCAUGUUUAUUCAAUGCUAUUAGUAGGUAUGUCACUAUCAAUGAAUAUUCC